GGUUUACAAAUAUUUGGAUCUCCCGAGGGCAUGAUCACAGGAGGAAAUUGGAGUUGUUACUUACAGUUACAGGAUAAGAUUAGAUUCCACACUUCCCAAUUUCUCAGCAAAAUCUUUACGUCAUCUCCAUUCUUAUUAUUAUUAUUAUUUAAAAAAAAAUACUUAUUUCAAUAGUAAAUUUAUACAUUAAAGGUCUCCGACACUCAUUGACACCUUAUUUCAUCAGAAAAACAAGUUUGUUCGUCUAUUUUGCUUCAAUUAACUCAGAAAGAUGGAGUCCAUUUCUUCAGAUGUGAAACAACGCCUUGCAAGAAUCUCAGCUCAUCUCAACCCUUCUCCUAAUCUCCAGGUGGAGGAGAAUUGGGUUUUGAGAGGCGAGAAUUGCCGGGCGAAAGGCGGGUCACCCGGAUUCAAAGUGGCAAUUUUGGGUGCUUCAGGUGGCAUUGGGCAACCACUAGCCAUGUUGAUGAAGAUGAAUCCACUGGUUUCAGUUCUUCAUCUCUAUGAUGUUGCCAAUACUCCUGGUGUUACUGCUGAUAUCAGUCACAUGGACACCUCUGCCGUUGUGCGUGGGUUUUUGGGGCCGCAGCAGCUGGAGAACGCCCUUGUGGGGAUGGACCUCGUAAUCAUUCCUGCUGGUGUUCCCCGUAAACCGGGAAUGACAAGGGAUGAUCUGUUCAACAUCAAUGCCGGAAUUGUUAAGACACUUUGUGAAGGAAUUACCAAGUUCUGUCCAAAUGCUAUUGUCAACUUGAUCAGUAAUCCUGUUAACUCCACAGUUCCAAUUGCAGCAGAAGUUUUCAAGAGAGCAGGCACCUUUGAUCCAAAGCGACUUUUGGGUGUAACAAUGCUUGAUGUUGUUAGAGCUAAUACUUUUGUGGCAGAAGUUUUAGGUCAUGAUCCCAGAGAAGUUGACGUUCCAGUGGUUGGCGGUCACGCAGGGGUUACAAUUUUACCUCUUCUAUCCCAGGUUAAACCUCCCUGCUCUUUCACUCCAAAAGAAAUUGAUCAACUGACAGAUCGCAUUCAAAAUGGUGGAACAGAAGUUGUUGAGGCAAAAGCUGGAGCUGGUUCUGCAACACUAUCAAUGGCAUAUGCUGCUGUUAAAUUUGCAGACGCAUGUCUAAGGGGCUUGAGAGGAGAUUCCGGCAUUGUUGAAUGUGCAUUUGUGGCUUCUCAGGUGACCGAACUUCCUUUCUUUGCAUCCAAGGUACGGCUUGGCCGUACAGGAGCCGAGGAAAUAUUUUCUCUGGGCCCUCUGAAUGAGUAUGAGAGGGCUGGCUUGGAGAAGGCAAAGAAAGAAUUGGCGGCAAGCAUUGAGAAGGGAGUCUCAUUUGUCAGAAAAUGAGAACAGCUGCAAAUAACCUGGUUGUCCUGGAUAAUAUUCCAAUCCUUAUGGAUCAUCAUCUGUUUAUUCAAGAACACAGUUCCUGAAAAUAAGUUGUUGGAUUUUUCUUAUAAGUUAUAGUUGUGCUAGAUAGAAGUGCCUUGGAGCUGCCACAAAGAGGUUUCAAUCACGCGGGUUGCUUGUUUGGGCUUAAUUGAAAUUCAUGUAAUAAAUUAAUAAAUUAAUAAAUGGUUGUGUUUUUUAAAA